AAAGGAAUAAAACAAAAAGCACGGACAUUUAAGAAAAACCCAGUAUCGAGUCUAAAAAACCCUAAAAAAUCUCACUCACUUCUCUCCUCUCUCCUUCUAUCGCGCCUCCCUCUUCUCAGAUCGCAGCCUUCCCUCUCCGUCAGUCCACUCAAGCCUUCCCUUUCCCGUGCGGCUCUCUUUCUACGGCAACGGCACAUGUCUCUCUUUCUUCUCAGCAGCGACUGCGACGACUAGAUCACCGUAGCUCUUAUCAACGAUUCCCUCUCUCUGUUCGCCUCUGAACCUUAAGUCGACCUCUCUAGCUCAUCGCCGGCGUCGAUCUCCACCACCCUUCUAUCCAUUUCUCUCUUCUCUGUUUCUCCUUUCAUCCACGAUCGCUACGGCCUCCUUCUCAUGAAUUUCCACCACGUAUUGAAUCAAUGUUUGAGUAAGUAGUGAAUGUUAAGCUAAUCUCAGUUAGACUACCAAAGUUAGUUUCAAGAUGGGGUACUUGCAAGAUGGGGACGAGCAAACAAUAGAUUCUGUCGAGGCUGCGGAACUCAAGAACACAGAACGUGAUCACCAAGCAGGUGAAAGCAGUGUACCUGUGACUGAAGAUACAAAUGGCAAUGAGAAGGAUGAGUCUGCAGAUGAUGAAGACGAGGCAAAACUAGCAAGGAGCUUAAACAAGCAGAGGAAACACUCGAUAUCAGCGGUCCAUAUGGGACGACAUAAAACUGUCUUGAGAAAUUCCUACAAAGACAAGGGUGGUGGGUCUCCUGAUCAAGAGUCUACAGAAUCUGGAACGAGAAGGUCAAGUGUAUCUGGCAGUAGGUUUGGGAAUUGCAAGGAGUUCCUUCGUAAAUUUGUGGACAGUGAGGGGCUAACUGCAUACCUUGAAGACUGGUUUGAAUCAACAUCCUCCAAGAAGCCAGCUUUUGAUGUUCCUUUUGAGCUGAUAGACCUGCAAAAAUUCGAUUAUGCAUUGGAAGGAAUUUCAUUUCAACAGCUGAUUAGGAUGCCCAAUGCUGUCUAUGCUUCAACAUCUGAGACUGCGGAAGCAACUGCUUAUUUUGCUGUUGAAGAUUUUUUACAUGCUAGCGUAAAGGGCUUGUGGGAAGCAUUUUGGGGUCAGGAGGAGCCCAUGCCUUUCUCUGUUGCUUGUCUGUACAAUGAAAACAUGAAAUUUUAUCAGGCUGAGAAGGCAAUUACUAAUGGAAAACUCGGAGGUCUUUGUGGUACCGGUAUACUGCUGAGGAAUCCCAGACAUCCACAUGGUAAGUGGGAUCAUAUUCUUGAAUUGGCUCUGCUUAGGCCUGGUAUUAAAAACAUUCCUACAAACAAUGAUGGGCAGCCUGUGCUCGCUGUCUUAGGUGAGGCUCUUUUUUAUGCUAUCCGAGUGUUAUUAUCAAGAAGCUUGAGUAGAUUGAAUUUCUCUGAGACUUCAAACUCUGUGUAUAUUAUUCUUGUUGAUUCUCAAUAUGGCGGGGUUGUCAAGGUUGAAGGAGAUCUGAAUAAGUUGGAGUUCAAUCUCAAUAAUGUUUAUGAAUGUGCUGCUGAAUGGGUUAAAAAACAUUUUAGAAUAGCAGUGUCUCCAAUUGAUAGGAUCUGGAACAAGCUAGGAAAUGCCAAUUGGGGAGAUAUUGGUGCUUUACAGGUACUCUUUGCUACCUUCCACUCCAUUAUUCAAUUUGCUGGACUUCCCAAUCACUCAGUCGAGGAUUUAGCUGCUGAUCACGGUUCUCGCCUGCAGACAAGAAGGGCUGAGAGGCAGUUGGGUGAUGCCAAUGGAAAUGGUCUUUUUAGGUUACAGCAGUGCAGUAUCUCACCAGAAAUUGUUGAAGUCCAGGAAGAAUCUGUAAAAAUUGAGUCAGAAGAAUUGAUGAAAUUAGAAGUAGGAUCUGUAUUAUGGUUGGAGGACUCAAAUUGGCAAAAGGGUUACCAGAUCAAUGAAGUUUUUAUUACAGGAGAACAUCCAUACUAUGUUGCCUCACCUGCGGACGAACCGGGAAAAUACCGUUUUCUAUAUGUCGGUUCACAUCCUUCUAAGCUGGAACCAGCGUGGGAAGGUAUGGAUUUGUGGUAUCAAGUUCAGAGGCAUACUAAAAUAUUGACUGUCAUGAAACAGAAAGGUUUAUCUAGCAAGUAUCUUCCUGACUUGAGUGCAUCUGGCAGGAUUAUCCAUCCUGGUCAGUGUCAGAGGUCUAGCUCAGGUGGAAACUGUGAACACCCUUGGUGUGGCACACCAAUUCUAGUUACAAGCCCGGUUGGAGAAACAGUGAACAAUAUGAUAAGCGGAGGUCGGUUUGGUAGUGAUGAGGCUAUCAGGUGUUGUCAUGACUGCCUCUCUGCACUUUCAACUGCUGCUUCUGCAGGAAUUCGGCAUGGAGACAUCAAACCUCAAAAUGUGAUUUGUGUGAGAAAUGGAGUGAGGCAUCCUUAUUUUGUCCUUAUUGGUUGGGGACAUGCUGUUUUAGAGGAAAGGGACCGUCCUGCAAUGAAUCUCCACUUCUCUUCAACUUUUGCUCUGCAGGAGGGUAAGCUUUGUUCUGCUUCAGAUGCAGAGAGCCUUGUUUAUAUGCUAUAUUUUUGCUGUGGUGGUGAGCUACCUGAACUUGAUUCAGUUGAGGGGGCCUUGCAGUGGAGAGAGACUGUUUGGUCAAGGAGACUGAUUCAGCAGAAAUUAGGUGAUGUCUCCACUGUCCUAAAAGCAUUUGCAGAUUAUGUGGACAGUCUAUGUGGCACACCAUAUCCAAUGGACUAUGCUAUAUGGUUGAAAAGGUUAAAAAGAAAUAUUCAAGUAGAAGACUAUGGAAAGGAAGCUGAUACAUCAGGCUAGAACUUUUGCCACCAUGUCUGAAUAUGGAUUUUUAUCUUUCCCUCAUUGCCAUUGAUGUUGAUUUUUGCGGGAUGUUUUUACCAUGCCAUGAUCUGGAGUCUGCUUUGCUUUGAACUUGGUAAUUAAUUAAAUUGACAGGUUCUGGCGAGUAUUCCUGUAGAAGCUCAAGCAUCAUUUCAUUCAUGAUGGUGUGGUUUGUCUCAACUGUUUUUAUUUUAUGGACAUCAAUUUUAGCUGCUUCAUGGUUUCGAGUAUAGUUAUUCCUGUUUCCAGUGUAUGCAAAGAUGUUCUUCUGAUUACAACAAGUUCAAGAGGGUUGGGUUUCGUGCAGUUCUGUUUCUAAUUUCUGGGAUCAAAAGAUCAUUGCUCUCUGCACUCGUGAUAAGUUUGUUAUUGGUAUUUUCUCUGUAAAGAUCUAAAUCAUAAGUUUCCUACUGUAAUUAUUAUGUAUGAAAGUAAACUUACUUGCCCUACUGUAUCUUAGGGCAUCCAUUGUAAAUGUGUGGUUUUCUAGAAGGCCCUUGUUAUCAACGUGUCAAAUAUUGUCAAGUGUCAACCCAUUUUAUACUUUGUUAUAAUUGCAUGGGCAAAUUCCUUUGUUUUAUUUUCCCAUCUACCUUUGUAAACGAGGAAAGCUUUUAUUUUAUUUAAUUUUGAUGAAAAUAUGUUUAUAAAUAAAGUGAUCUCAACAGGUAGAAAAUUCAUGUAUAA